GGUUUAAAGCACUUAAAUACGAAGAUGUGUACGACAGCAGGUUAUAGCUCUGAUUAAAAUCAUUAAGGGAAGUUAAUGACGGAAGUGCUAAAUAAAUAGAACCAGUUUAAUUCCUCCCGCAAUGCCAGCGAGCAGGGCGGAAUGAUACCAGCAAUGAAGCUGGACAAUUAGGCUUCAAGAUGAAAGAGAACUGGGGAGCUGGAAUGUGCGUAUCGUGCUGUUCAGAGAUUUAGGAUGAAUUUUGCAAACAACAAGCGAAAAGAGUUUCAUCACUUUGGGAUGUUACAUGUGCUUCAAAUUCGGGCCGGUCGGUGAUUAUGAUUUCAUGUGUAUCGCGUGUCUCAGACACCCCCCCCCAGGCAAUUCGAAGCUCCGUAUAAAAGGAGCAGGGAGGCAGAUUUAUUUCCGUCGUCCUCUCCUGCGUACUCUCCUCUACAUCAGGAUCACCUUCAUCCCUGCAAAGAAAUGUCUUGCUACGACCUGUGCCCCACUACCAACGGCAUCGCCUGCCCCCAGCCCCUCGCCAACAGCUGCAAUGAGCCCUGUGUCCGGCAGUGCCCCGACUCCACGGCCCUGAUCCAGCCGCCCCCCGUCGUCGUCACCUUCCCCGGCCCCAUCCUCAGCUCCUUCCCCCAGCAAGCCGUGGUGGGCUCGUCCGGAGCCCCCGCCUUUGGGGGCAACCUGGGGCUGGGGGGCCUCUACGGCUCCGGUUAUGGGGGCUCUCUGGGAUAUGGGGCCCAGUAUGGAUAUGGGGGCUCAGCCCUGUCCACGCUUGGCAGCGGGUACUGCACCCCGUCCUCCUCCCGCCGCUACAGCCGGUUCCUCCGGAGCAGCUGUGGGCCCUGCUAAAGGCAGCGGAGGUCUCAGCAGAGCCACACGUGAAGGCCCAUACGCAGAGCAACGAGGAUGUGGGUUCAGCGUUCCCGCAGCCCCGCAAUGGAGCUACUGCCGCUCGCAUUUCUGAUCUUUCAUCCACUUGUUGUUUACCCCUCAGUUUCUAAGUUUGUUGUUUGCUAUUGUUGCCUGUUCCGGCUUUCCUUUUUUUUUUUUUAAACCAUCGUGGGGCAGCGUAUUCCACAUGGACAUCGCUCAUAAUAACACGUAACUUCAGCAGCAGUCGCACAGCCGGCAGAAGAAAAGCAGCUGAGGACAGCAAUACCUUUGAGCGGGACUUUUGUUGUACGUUCUCUGAAACUGUCUGGAAACAGAUUUUUUUUUUUUUUUUUCAUAUUCUGUGAUAUCUCGCUUUGCAAACAUAAGCAUUUCUUCCUCAUUAAAAUUUUAU